UCUCUUGGCAUCGCAGCCAUAGAGAUUAGAGAAGAUCAAAAUUGUUUAGUCUUCUUGUUGUAGUAGUAUAUAUAAACAGACGCGUGUAAGCAAAAAGAGAGAGAGAACUGAGAAGAGAAAAUGAGCAGCAGCAACUUGGGAAAUGUUGUGUGUGUGACUGGCGCUUCAGGUUACAUCGCUUCAUGGCUCGUCCGAUUGCUUCUUCAUCGUGGCUACACUGUUAAAGCCACCGUUCGCGAUCCAAAUGAUCCCAAGAAGGUUGACCACUUGGUUAAGCUUGAUGGUGCUAAGGAGAGAUUGCAACUGUUCAAGGCAAAUCUACUUGAAGAAGGUGCCUUUGAUUCUGUUGUUCAAGGCUGUCAUGGUGUCUUUCACACUGCAUCUCCCUUUUAUCAUGAUGUCAAGGAUCCUCAGGCUGAAUUGAUUGAUCCUGCUCUCAAAGGGACUCUCAAUGUUCUCAACUCAUGUGCUAAAUCCCCAUCACUCAAACGUGUUGUUUUAACUUCUUCUAUUGCUGCUGUUGCUUAUAAUGGGAAGCCUCGAACUCCUGAUGUUGUUGUUGAUGAGACUUGGUUUACAGAUGCUGAUUUCUGUGCUAAAUCAAAUCUGUGGUAUGUGGUUUCAAAGACAUUGGCUGAAGAAGCUGCCUGGAAAUUUGUUAAAGAAAACAACAUCGAUAUGGUUACUAUUAACCCAGCAAUGGUCAUAGGGCCUCUCUUGCAACCAGUCCUAAACACAAGUGCUGCUGCAAUUCUAAACCUGAUUAAUGGUGCACAGACAUUUCCAAAUGCUAGUUUUGGAUGGGUCAAUGUGAAAGAUGUUGCAAAUGCCCAUAUUCUGGCGUACGAGAAUGCUUCAGCGAGUGGAAGACAUUGUUUAGUUGAGAGAGUAGCACACUACUCCGAAGUUGUGAGGAUUUUACGUGAACUGUACCCUUCGUUGCAACUCCCAGAGAAGUGUGCGGACGAUAAGCCAUAUGUGCCUAUAUAUCAGGUUUCCAAAGAAAAGGCGAAAAGCUUGGGACUUGAAUAUACUCCUUUGGAAGUGAGCAUCAAGGAGACUGUUGAAAGUUUGAAAGAAAAGAAGUUCGCCAACCUUUAAUUUGUGGUAUCUCCUUGUUUAGUUGAUGACAUGGCUUUUGAUGCCUAUGCUUGUGAAAAAACUCAGUAUGUGAAAUAAGGUUUAAAUUAGAUCUAGAUUGGUACUAAGCACUGAAAUAAGUCAUUCUUCAUGGUUUGGUUUGUACUCGUGAUGGAACAGUGAAUGAGUUAAGGUAAUCUGUGUUUUGGUUAUUA